AUGGGCUUUCUCACUUUGUGCUUCUUCUCUCUCUUUUUCUCAGUUUUCCCUUUGUUCACUUCUUGUUUAUUAUUUCAGGGGUUCAAUUGGGAGUCAUGUAACAAGGCAGGAGGUUGGUACAACUCACUAAAGAACUCAGUUCCUGAUUUGGCUGAUGCUGGAAUUACUCAUGUCUGGCUUCCUCCACCCUCUCAGUCUGUUGCACCACAAGGAUAUAUGCCAGGUAGGCUGUAUGAUCUGAGUGCAUCAAAAUAUGGAUCACAGGAUGAAUUGAAAUCACUAAUUGGGGCUUUCCAUCAGAAGGGAAUUAAAUGCCUAGCUGACAUUGUCAUAAACCAUAGAACUGCUGAGAAGCAAGAUGGGAGAGGAAUAUGGUGCAUUUUUGAAGGUGGAACUUCUGAUGAUCGCCUUGACUGGGGGCCGUCCUUCAUUUGCCGUGAUGACACUGCCUAUUCUGAUGGCAAUGGAAAUCCUGAUACAGGAGGUGACUUUGGAGGUGCCCCUGAUAUUGACCACCUCAAUCCAAGAGUUCAGAAGGAGCUAUCAGAUUGGAUGAAUUGGUUAAAGUCUGAAAUAGGAUUUGAUGGAUGGCGAUUCGAUUUUGUUAAGGGUUAUGCUCCUAGUAUUACCAAGAUUUAUAUGGAACAUACUUCAGCAGAUUUUGCAGUUGGUGAAAAAUGGGACUCUCUUGUUUAUGGCCAAGAUGGAAAGCCUGACUAUAAUCAGGAUGCGCACCGGGGUGGACUAAAAGAUUGGAUUCAAGCAGCUGGUGGUGCUGUCACAGCAUUUGAUUUCACAACAAAAGGGAUACUUCAAGCUGCAGUGCAAGGAGAAUUAUGGAGGUUGAAGGACUCAAAUGGAAAGCCACCGGGAUUGGUUGGCCUGUUGCCACAAAAUGCUGUGACUUUCAUUGACAAUCACGACACCGGAUCUACUCAAAAGCUUUGGCCAUUUCCAUCAGAUAAAGUCAUGCAGGGAUAUGCCUACAUUCUUACACAUCCUGGGACCCCAUCCAUUUUUUAUGAUCACUUCUUUGACUGGGGCCUAAAGGAAGAAAUUGGCAAGUUGGCAACUAUUAGGAAAACAUAUGGGAUUGGUUUUGGAAGCACUGUGAAGAUUUUAGCCUCUGAUGCUGAUCUUUAUGUGGCAGCAAUUGAUGAUAACAUCAUCGUGAAGAUUGGGCCCAAGACCGAUCUCGGAAACCUUAUUCCCUCAAACUUCCAGGUUGCUACAUCUGGAACAGACUAUUGUGUGUGGGAUGAAGACAGUGACAGCCUUGUGAAGAAAUUUGUUGUUCGGAAUAGAAGUGCGUUCCCGUUUGUGGGACUGGAACCUGCAGUCCAGGGUCCACGUAUCUUGGGAUGGUGCAUUUGCAAUAGGGGAGUGUUGAUCUUCACUAAUGUGCAACCACCUAUGACAUAUAUCUUGCGGCCUAUGGCAACAGAGGCAGAGCGAGAUACUACCCGGAAAGGGGCAGGUGAAAGCGGCAUUAAUGACGAGUUUUUGGCCGUUUCAGCCAAGACAGAGAGGGAACCAUUGAGGAUUGUCUGUGACGCUCUUGCGGAAAGUAAGGUAGAGACAUGUUUCAGAGGUGUGGAGGAGGGAGCGGGUAUUGUAAAAGCCUUUGGAAGAGAGAACGGAAUUGAAAGAUUUGGAGACUUAGGAAAAGGACUGGGUGAUGGGAUAAUAGAACCUAGCGGAUUAGCAUCCCUACAUACAUACAAGCAGGCAGUUCGAUUUGAUUACCUGUCGAAACGGGUCAGUGAUCUCUGCAAAAGCAGAUCAAAGAAAACCCUCCUUAUCAACGGGCAAAUCUCGCGCCAAAAAUCUCACUUUGAAACAAAGAACCCAAAAUCAGCAUUACUUCUUUUUCGCCACAUAUUACAAUGCAGUGUGAAACCAAAUGAUCUUACUUUCUCAUUACUUCUUAAAUUCUCAGUUUCAAAUCCACAAAAUGAAAAACUAGAAGCCAAUCAGAUUCAAACCCACUUGCUAAAAUCUGGCUUUGACCAAUUUGUCUAUUUAAGCACUGCUCUUCUUGAUUUUUACAUGAAAUUGGGAUGUGUAAAUCAUGCACGUAACGUGUUUGACUAUAUGCCCGACAGAGAUGUUGUUUCCUGGAAUGCGUUGAUUUGUGGGUACUCGCGAAAUGGGUAUGAUGUUGAUGCUUUAAAGGUUUUUGUUCAAAUGCUUAGAGAGGGUUGUUGUCCACUUCAAACUACGUUGGUUGGUUUGGUUCCGUCUUGCGGGCGAUGUGAGUUUGUGUUUCAAGGGAGGUCUACUCAUGGGUUUGGGAUCAAGGCUGGUAUUGAUCUGGAUUCUCAAGUGAAAAACACACUUACAUAUAUGUAUGCUAAAUUUGGGGAUUUGGAAGCGGCUGAUCUUUUGUUUGAAGAAUUAGAGGACAAAAGUGUUGUUUCUUGGAAUACCAUCAUUGGUGCUUAUGCCAGAAAAGGUUUCUUUAAUGAGUCGAUGAUUUUGUUGAAACGAAUGGUAGCGGAAAAGGUGGAAGUGAAUCCAGUUACUAUUAUGAGCCUUUUAACAGCAAAUAUUUGUCCUGAAUUGAUCCACUGUUAUGCCAUCAAAACUGGACUUAUCAAUGAUGGCUCAGUAGUUACUUCAUUAGUUUGUAUAUACGCAAGGAGUGGGAGUACUGAAUUAGCAGAACUGCUUUACUGGUCUUUUCCGCAGAAAAACUUGGUUUCAUUAACUGCAAUUAUUUCGAGCUAUGCUGAAAAAGGAAAUAUGGAUUUGGUGGUGGAAUGUUUUGCUCGAAUGCAGCAGUUGGACACGAAACUGGAUUCAAUUGCUAUGAUUAGCAUCAUUCAUGGAAUCACAGACCCUGCUCACUUGAGUAUUGGACUUACUUUCCAUGGCUAUGCAUUAAAGAAUGGUUUGGAUACCGGUAAUUUGGUUUCAAACGGGCUAAUAAGUAUGUACUCCAAGUUCAGUGACAUAGAAGCUGCAUUCUCUUUGUUUUAUGAAAUGUCUGAAAAACCAUUAAUCAGUUGGAAUUCAGUUAUAUCUGGCUGUGUGCAGGCUGGAAGGGCAAGUGAUGCCAUGGAGAUUUUCUGUGAAAUGAAGAUGUUUGGACUUAGUCCUGAUGCUAUUACCGUUUCUAGUUUAUUGACUGGUUGUUCCCAACUUGGAUACUUACGGUUUGGGGAGAGACUUCACAACUACGUUCUUAGAAACAAUCUAGAAGUGGAAGAAUUUGUUGGAACGUCUCUUAUAGACAUGUAUACCAAGUGUGGAAGCAUCGAGCUUGCAGAAAGGGUAUUCAACAGCAUCAGAGAACCGUGUCUAGCUACAUGGAACACUAUGAUUUCAGGGUGUAGUUGGUAUGGCUUCGAACAUAAAGCUCUAAAUUAUUACUCUAAAAUGCGAGAACAAGGGGUAGCACCUGAUAGAAUCACUUUCUUGGGAGUUUUAGCUGCUUGUACCCAUGGUGGUCUUCUUCAUGAAGGGAAAAAAUACUUCCAGAUCAUGAAAGAAGAAUUUGGUAUGGUGCCAAAUUUGCAACAUUGUGCUUGCAUGGUUGGUCUCCUAGGCCGGGCAGGUUUAUUUGAGGAAGCAAUAUUAUUUAUCAAAAAUAUGGAAUCUGAACCUGAUUCUGCAGUGUGGGGUGCUUUGCUUAAUGCUUGUUGCAUUCAUCAAGAGGUCAAGCUUGGGGAAUAUUUGGCCAAGAAGUUAUAUUUGUUGGAUUACAGAAAUUGUGGCCUUUACGUAUUGAUGUCAAAUCUCUAUGCAGCCACAAAUAGGUGGAAUGAUGCAGCAAAGAUGAGGGAAAUAAUGAAAGAUAUUGGUGGGGAUGGCACUUCAGGAGUCAGUCAAAUUGAAGUAACUUCUUUACAAGAAAUGGAUCGAGACUUAUACCAACAAUUCCUUCAAUUCUAA